AGCUUGCAGUGGCCAGUGACUGCAUCGUGCGUAUUGUUAAAAAUUUCGUAUGCAAUAUGGCUGUGUAAAACGUCAAAUAUUAUAACCCAUUUUAUAUCAAUUUUUUUUAUUAAAAACACGAAUUGUUUCUUUUUUUAUUAUUACCAACGUUGUGUGUUAUCGUCUGUAUAGUUUUAGUAUUAGUUCUCGUCGUGUUUUUCAAAGUAGUUAAUUUUUUACAGCAAUUUCGUAUAUUUUAUAUACAUAAUUCGUGCCCAACCCAAUUUGGCACUGGCUGCCAACCGUAUAUUAUAUUCAUUUUUUGAUUUUUUAUCCAUCCUGAUCGCGUUCCGUGCGCUUCGUGUAUAUUUGUGAUGAUUAUUUUCCGAUCGGUUCGUCCAUCGACGAAUCACGACUGAUACGAUAUGUUAGCCAGGUUAAUAUCGUCAACUACCGGAAUACCGAGGUUCGGCGCUAACGUAGCAUCUCACAAACGAUCGCAGUGAGCAUGAACAAUCGAGGCCAAAACCAGAGUCAUCAAAGAAAAUUCGAAGGGAUGUUUCCAAACCCUAAUCAGUUUCCUCAGGUCCAAAAUCCGGGGUAUAUAAUUAGUGGACCGCGUAAUCCAAGACAUUAUGUAAAUACAGGUGCACAUAACGUUAGUGAUAUGAAAAAUAAUCAUAUGACUAAUAUGGCACACAGUCAAAUCCAAAUGGUGCCUGCACAUAUUUCUCAAAGACAGCAAACUCUACCCCACCAUAUAAGAUCAAAUGCACCACGUAAUAUACCAAGAGGACCCUUCCAGUAUCAGGUAUAUUUGCCUGGCAAUAUGGCUUACCAAGGAACCAGUAACCACCCAGGUUAUUAUCCAUUUAGUCCACCGCAGGCUUCACAGACAGCUGUAUUAAUGCCAUAUGUAAACUACUCUACCAAUCAACAAGGCAUGUUUUAUUCCCAGUCUACAAGACCAAUACAGAUGACUAAUCUACCACAGGGGCCACAGAAUCCUCCUGUAGCUAAUAUGAGUAAUGCUCAAAAUUCCCAUGGACAAUCUCUCAUUGUGCAGUCUCAACCAAUGGAUAUGGCCCCUAAUACACAACCUUUGCAACAAGUAUCACAGCAACCAUCAACUACUCCGAUGCAAAUCACUGAAGCUUCUUCUCGACCUGUUCGGAAAAAAGUUCUUAUUAAAAUAAUUGAUCCUAAUACAGGCCGUGAAAUUGACUUGAAUAAUUCAUUACAAGGACCACCAAGUGCUGAUGAAUUGGAAAAGAUGAAAGUUCAAAGCCAAUUCCAAAGUCAAGUACAAAGUGCUGUCAAAAAAGAUGACACUAAAUUAUCUGAUAAUAGUCCGAAUAAUGAAGGAGGAGAAAAAGUUCGAAAUGAAUUCCAAACACAAGUCAAAAAAUUGGCAAGUGAAAGCACUUUACCCCCAAAAGCCAUAGAAGUUGACACUCAGGUUUCUGAAGAAGUUAUUAGUGAAAUUGAAGAAAUAAGUAUUGAUUCUACUAACAUAGAAGAUGUGUCUGUUGCAAUAAGUGAUCCAAUUGAUAUUGAUAUUGGUGGGUUGACUAUUAACACUGAAGAUACCAGUUUAGAUGUUAAUGAGGUUGAGAUAGAAACGAUACCUACAAAUAUAUUACCAAGUUCUACUACACCUCCUGAAGUAGAGAUACAAAAUGCUGAUGUCACCAAUAUUUCAGAGGAUCCUAUUCCUUUAAAAAAGAAUACAGAUGAAGAAUCUGUUAAAUCAGCUAAACCAAAAAAGACUAAAAUCAAGAAGAAGAAUAAUCAGCAGAAGAAUUUGGUUAAAUUAGAUGCCAAUGAUGGAAUAAAAGUAGAUACUACAAUUGAAACUACUACUAUUGAGCCUGUUAUUGAAUCAAAAACUACUGAUAUUUUAAAACAACAAGAAAACAAGGAGAAUGAGAAUAAUAAUCAUAACUCUAAAAAUGAAGAAGAAGAGAGUAUUGUUCCAAAACCGGAAGAGUUAUUACAACAACCGGAAGAAACCCAAAACAAUGGAAUUCAACACAAAACCGUUGUUGAAGAUGCAGCUCCAAAGAUGCCUAGUUAUUUAGAUAAUUUACCCUAUGCUGAAGGACAAUGGAGUGUUAUAAACCCAACUGGAAAAAAAAUGUAUUCUAAAUUAUUUUUGAUGCAACUUGGUAGUGAAGCCGUCUGUCAAAAGAAACCUGAUGUAUUAAGAAACUGGAGUAAUUUAACAAAAUUAUCUAGUACACCACAAUAUAAUUCCUUAGGUGGGAUAUCUAAUUUACCAAGGUCUCAAAGUGCUAGUGCAACUGGAUUUAUGCCUUCCUAUUUUAAAGCUGGUAAUAGUCAACGAGGUAGUGGUAUGCCUAUUACGCAACCAGGUGCCAAACGCAAUAGUAGUCAAGGAAAAACUGCAAGUAAAACGGCAAAACCUAACACUAUUCAUAUGUCUCUUUCUUUAAGAGAAGAAGUUAAAUUAAAUCAGACUGAAAACGCUUGGGUCCCAACUGCUGCUAAAAAAGCUACCAAGUCUGAAGUUGUUAAAACAAAAAAUGAAGAGGAACAAAAAAAUGACGAAGUAAACAAAAGCGUUCGAUCAAUUUUGAAUAAAAUAACUCCUGAUAACAUGCCUUCACUAACUGAGCGAUUUAAGGCAUUGCCUAUUGACACUAUUGAACGUCUUGAGAAAACUAUUGAUUUAGUUUUUGAAAAGGCAAUAGAAGAACAAUCUUUUGCACCUCUUUAUUCAUCUUUAUGUUCGGCUAUGCAAUCUGUACAAGUUAAUUCUAAAGAUGGUAAAACAGCAUCUUUUAAGAAAUUAAUAAUAAGUAAAUGCCAAAGCUUAUUCGAACUAGACAAAGCCCAAGAAAUGGAUUCUGCUAAGAAACUCACUGAAAUCAAUUCUUGCAAAGAUCCAGAAAAGAAGAAAGAACUUCAACUUGAAUUUGAAGAAAAUGAAAGAAGAUUACGCAAACGUUCUGUAGGAAAUUGCCGAUUUAUUGGUGAAUUAUUUAAACAAAAAAUUCUUACCCCAAAUAUUAUGUUGUAUUGCAUCGUGAAUUUAGUCACUAAACAUGUCGAAGAACCACUUGAGUGUUUAUGCAAUUUAUUAAAGACUGUUGGCAAAGAAUUGGAACAAUCGUAUGAUUUAAAUGAUACUUUUGAUAAACUGAAAGCAUUAACAUCCAGAGAUAUGAAAUCGAAGAUUCCAUCUAGAAUAAAGUUCAUGAUACAGGAUGUCAUUGAUUUACGUAGGGAUAAAUGGAUACCUAGGCGUACUGAUAGUAAACCCAAGAUGAUAAACGAAAUAGAAAACGAUGUCAAAAAUGAAGCAUUUGAACAACAAUCAAUAACUCAGGCUUAUAAUCGACCUGAAAAACGAGAUCAUCAUCGUGGUGAUGACAAGUUCAGGGGUGGUGAAAAUAAAAAUCGCCGUCAAAAUGACAAUGAGUGGAAUGUUGUUCAAAAUAAUACAAAGUAUAGGCAACCAAAUUACCAAAUUGACCAGUCCAAACUACAAGGUUUUAAGGACAACCCAUCUGUUUUAACAUUAGGCCCACCUAAAUGGUCAUUUACCACGGGUAAAAACAUGACAUUUACUAGCAAUAACACAUACGCAGUUCUUAAUGAUGAUAAAAAGUCAUCAAAUUCUCCACAGAUUAUGUCAAAUAAGAACACAUCGAGGAAGCCUGUUAUAUCAGAAAGUGAAGAAAGACAAAGAAUGAUGUCUGGUGUAGCGAGUAUGAUGCCUCAAUUUGCUCAAUCCACGCCUUCAAUAAAUUCUUCUAAUUCAUCACAGCCAAAAGAAACAGUUGAAGAACCAGUGUCGGAAUUGGACUCAAAUAUAGCAAAUAAAAUUAAUAUGAAAUGUAAAAACAUUCUUCUUGAAUAUGAGCAAAUGCAAAAUUUUGAUGAUAUAAUUUAUUCAUUAUCGGAAGAUGAAACUUCGGUGAUCCGCACAAGGCAUGAAGAAUUUGUAACAUCAAUGUCACUUAUAACUUUAGAUAGUAGUCCAAUUACCCGAACAACGGUAACAGGAAAAAUUUUUGCAGAACUUUUAUCUAAGAAAAUUCUUUCUAUGGAUGCCAUAACUCGAGGAAUUGAUGCUGUCCUUAAAGAUUGGAAUGAUUAUUUGAUGGACUACCCUCAAUUUUUCUCCUAUAUUGCUGCCAUAAUUGCUCCAUUAUUAUUAUCACAGGAUGCUUCCUUUGAUUUUAAUAAUUUAAAAGAUUCUUGUACAUCAAUACGACCUGACAAUUCUAGUAAAUUUUUCACAGAAGUAUUAAAUAAAAUUCUUAGUUCCAAGGAAACACAAAACAUUAAAGAAAAACUAGGUGGUAUAUUGUGGAUUUACAACAAGUGGAGGACGUCAGAAUAUGUUCCUCUUGAUAUAUUUAUGCCUAAUAACCAAAUAAAUAAAUAUUUUAAAAAUGAUCGAAUUGGAGUAUUCCUUUUAUCUAUUGCCAUGUAUGAUAAAAUGAAGAUGACUGAUAGUAAACCUCUGUACGAUGUAUUGCACAGUUGGAUAAGCACUAAUAUCAGUGCUGAAAUAAUAAAAUGCCCUCAGUUUGUGCGAGCAUUAACUAUAGCUAUUGUCAUUGUAUGCUCUAAACCGAAUCAUUCAUAUGAAGAUUUCUUUGAUCAUGUUCAUGUGAAAUUGUUGACCUGUUAUAUUCGGUCUGAACCACUUCCGGAACCUGAAAUCCAAGCAAGGGAAGUACAAUGUCUAUAUGGCAUUCAAAUUAUGUCUGCUGCACUUGAACAUCCUGGAGGAAUGGUAUUAAGACUGUUCCAUAAGCUCUAUCAGGAUAGUGUUAUAAGUAAAGAAUCGUUUGAAAUGUGGAAAAAAGAAGACGAAUUCAAAGCUGGAUUUGAUGAAGACCUAGAAACAAAAACUAUGGCUCUUGUAGUUUUAAAUUCAUUCUUCCUUUCACUUGCAGCAAAUGAUUCUGAUGAGGAAGAAACAGCUGAGUAGUGUUACAGCACUAACUAUGGCUGCGUGUAUUCAAUAUUCAUCAAUCGACACAAAUUCUUCUAUUUUUUUUAUUUUAUUGUAGAUACCAUGUUAUAAAAAAAUUAUAUAAAUAAGAAAAAAAUUCUAAAUA